ACAGCUGAAACGCGACCAUCCUGGUGCCGUAGUCCUUAGUACUGACGACUUCUUUAUGGAGAAUGGUGUGUACGUGUUUGAGCCCGACCUCCUAGAGGAUGCACACAAAUGGAACCAGAAGAGAGCGUACAAGGCCAUGAAGAAUGGGAAAAGCCCGAUUAUUAUUGAUAAUACCAACAUCCACGCUUGGGAAAUGAAGCCGUAUGUGAUGAUGGCACGCGAAAAUAGAUAUGAAGUUAUAUUCCAAGAACCAGAUACACCCUGGAAGUUCAAUGUUCACGAACUGACGAGAAGAAAUACUCAUCACGUCCCUCGAGAGAAGAUACAGCGGAUGAAAGACCAAUACGAGCACCAUGUCACCUUCCACAGUGUUCUCCAGUCGGAAGAGGCAAGCAGAGAGGAGAGAAGCUCCAGUGGACCAAAUGCAGCACACGGCAUGGGUGCCCAUUCCACGCCUCCUCCAGCCUUCCCUAACAGAAGGCCUCACGUGGCAC